CAUAUUUGUUUAGUCAAUUUACUCAGUUAAAUUGUAAUGAUUUGAAUGUUGGAAUGGCUCAGAAUAUUUGUUUCUUUUUCGGAACUUUUCUCAUUAUUUUAUCAAUAUUGAUUUUGUUUGGAAAAGGGGUGGCCUUAGACUGUUACAGGACUACUACCAAUGAGUAUAAAGGUGGACAUCAGACGACAUCUAAAUGGCUGACGUGUAUAAGAUGGGAUUCUUUUGAUCAUGUAUACAGUGACGCUACGACGUCUGAAGACGAAAAUUACUGUCGUGAUCCUGGCAGCGAUGGUUUUCUCUGGUGCUAUGUGUCAUAUAAGUACUAUGAUACAUGCGACAUUCAAAAAUGUGUCAAUGUCGACGUGAACCAAUGCGGAAGUUUGAAGAUAGAACAGCCGACUAUAUUGGGAAGAAAUGUAACUAUUACUUUUACACCGGAAACCACCUCAGACGCAGAUGUGAAAUGGCAGAGGGCAAAAGAAGGAAAGCCAUGGUCUCCUCUUCCUAAUGAUAAAAAGUUUACACAGUAUUUCCAAGAUGGGACAUUUUACUUGAUUUUAACUGACUCUGUCAAAAGCAAAGACGAAGUAUUUUACCGGGUUGAUUAUAAGAACAAUAUCGUAAGCUGUUCAAUGGAGACUCCAAAACUUCAGCUUCAAGUUGCACCAAGCGCACCAGUAUUUGAAGGUUUAAAGGACAUAGACGACUGUAAGAGCUGUAUUGUUGGUGAGGAUGGUGAUCAGUUCGACGUUCUCUGCAAGACAAGUGGUGGUACAAAACCAGUAACAGUUACCAUGUCGAUAGGGAAUGAAUCGCAAAGCCUACAACGAUAUAAUGAAACAGCGGGUUACAUGACAUUCUUUACUCUUCGCAACAGACAUCAUAUGGCAAUUAUGACAUGCACAGUUACGAACGAUGCAUUAACAUCGCCUUUUAUCAUCACUGCACGUGUGUAUGUUAUCAAAUCACCAAUAUUACAGUUAUUGAUACCACAGAUUCUCAAGGAAGCAAGUACCGGCAAUAUUACGUGCAUAGUGGAUGGUGGAAGACCUGCUCCGAAUGUAACUUUAAACAUUUCCGGUAUGGAUGUGUCCACUGCAGUACAAGCAGAUAGUUUCAAUGCUAACACCUCUUUAUACACGAAUGUUGUUUCCCUGACAACAUUUGAAAGAAUUUGGAAUAGUAAAAACGUCAUAUGUUGUCGUUAUAAUGAAUGGUACAGAGUCACAAAGGAGUGUUCCCCGCCGAAACAAUUUCAUAUCUUAUUUCAACCAUCAGUCAUGGCACUGGAGGUCAAAGUUGAGCAAACCCUUCCACUUGAAAUAUACGCUAUUUGUACCAUCUACAAUUCAAACCCAGCAUGUGGUGCACACAUAAGUGCACCAAACGGAGUCGUUGUUUCAGAACGUUACACCAAUAACGUGAGCCAACCUCAUGGCGCCUGGAAUGCGGAACAUGCAGUAAAUUUGAAUGUCAGUAAAGAAUACAAUGGGGAAAUGAUAGAAUGCAUAGCUGAUUGUCAAAUUUUUGCUGUCGACUUGAAGGACGCACGCUCGUUUGUUCUUCCUUAUGCACCUAUCAUCGAAUUCAACAUAUCUGGUUCAGAGUUUACAAUUUUACAAGGAGAACAGGCACACGUAAAAUGCUCAGCACAAAGCAUUCCUGCCUCCGACAUUACAUGGGUGGAGCAAUCUGAUGUAGGAAACAUAACUUUGAAACAGUGUCAGUUGCAAAUAGACUGCGUCAUUACUAUUGAAGCAAAUCUUACGCAACAACGACAAUUUAUUUGCCAGACUCAUUAUUUACAAACAAGCAACCAAAGGACCCUGACUGUUAACAUUCUUGAGAAAGAUGAGAAACGUUACAAAGACAUGGACAACUCUGCCUCUGAUGAUAACGUGUUUAUUUGGAUUAUUCUUGGCUCUUGUUUAGCUGUCCUCUUUGUUGUAGUCAUCGUAUGCCUUAUUGCAAGAAAAAAAUUGAGGAACACUAAAGCCAAACUGGAAGCAAAUCAAGUGAGAAUCAGUGCAAACCCAGACGGACCUAGCAGGAACGAUGUAGAACUGGAAGAUCGUGCGUAUGUAGAAUUGAAUUAUGUCAGGGAUGCAAGUUGGCAGUCGGAAACAUUAUAUUCUCAACUAUCUCCAUAGACUUACCAAGAAAUGAUCUAGUGAUAGCAACAGACAGGUCAUCCCCUGUUUCACGUCUUCAGAUAUUGAUGCAGUUCGGGGAAAUUGUCCUCAAAAGAAAUAAUGUCCUAACUGUGGAAAUGGGUAUGAAAUUAAAAGGCACAGAAAUAGUUAUAUUUAAAACAUAUAAACAUGACGAAAGAUUACCAUUUCUUAAUCGAUUCAAAAAUGUCAGGUUAACAUGUAUUUUGAAGAUCAAAAUAUCCUAUUCAUCUAUAAAACAUUGUAAAUACAACAUUUGUGAAUUUAUACUUUUGCUAAACUUUUCUCAUAAUAUAACUAACCUAUAUUACAAAAACAAAACUCGUGUCCAUUGAGUGGCUUUACCUAGAUUGAGGUACACUGGAAAUAAAGUCACCUAUAAUGGUAAUAUAUUCUAAAUUAUUAGAUUAAUUGCACACGAUUAUACAUUUUAUGUAAAUGUGAUUAUGAUUACUUUUUUGUGUGUGUACUGUCCCAUAAAGUUUUUUUUGUAUUUAAAUUGUUCAGUAAAUGAGUAAAGGAAUAUGUCUUGAAUAUGCAGGACCGCUUGCGGGUUAAGGUCAUGCCUUUUUACCUCGAAAAAAAAGGCAAAAUUUUCUAAUGAGCAAUUCAAAGCAUAUCAUUUCAUGUCUCUCGCGUUACUUUAGUUUUUGUAAAGAAAAAACGUACAUGUCUAGCAGAAUCUCUAAAGAAAAUAUCUAGAAAUAUAUCAAUAAAUGAUUUUUUUAAACAUUAAAAAAGAGAAAUCUUCAUGUGAAAUAAGUAAUCGCUGCAAUUGACAAUAUAUACACCCGGAUCCAAACAGGUUUAAUAAAGACGAUUGAGUUGUAAAUUCUUUUUCGUGCUAAUCUCGCGGUGUCAUACCAAUUUAUCAUAUAAACUGAUUUACACACGUAUAUGUACAUAAUGUAUAUUUAUUUUAACUGAUCAAAUGACUUUGUAUUCACCAGAAAGUUAUGAAAAAUUGUUCAUGCCUUUGCUUCCAUUGACUUUGUUUCAAAAAUUUGUUAUUGCUUUAUACAUUUGUAUUUCACUGAAGCGCUUUAAAGCGACUAACCCACACAUCGUGGUUUAAGAAUUUAUAAAAUCAAACGUUUACCUAUAUUUACCUUUAAGUGGCAUAUUUAAUGUUCUGACAAUGUAUUUUUCAUCGAAUUCUGUCCAAAAUCGUUGUUUUCCUAAUAAAUCAAAAAUAAAAACAUUCGUCUACCAUUUCUGAUAAGGGUUUUCCGGUUUAUAAUAAAACGGAAUCCCCGGCCUUCAGCGACCACCUUGCAAACAUCAGGUGACAGUGAGAACAUAAUAAUCAAUAGAGCCUACCAGUAUAGAUAUCGCGUAGUGUAAUGGCUUUUUCAGAAUUUAACUAAAUAAAACAAUAAUAUAAAACGAAGUCAGCACAGUAUUGUCCCUGGCAUGCGCGGGUCUAACCAAUUUUCUCAGAGGGGUUCCGACAGAACUCUCACUAUGACAAACAUGUGUCUUAAUACACUAAAUAAUUUGAUGGGACUUGUGCGGAUGCUAGCCGUUUACAAGUACAGGAUUGCCAAUCAGUUUUUGUUGAACAGGCAUAAAUAGAAAAAUAGCCGAACAGCUAGAGGGUCCGGGGACAUGCCCCCCACCCCCCUCCCCCCUGGAAAAUUUUGAAAUUCAGCGCUUUAAUUCCUGCAUUCUGAGGCAUUUAAGGAGCAUUUAAGUAAACAUUUUCCACUGCAAUUUUAUAAACAAUAUACCCCUUAUUUUCACGUUUUUAUGAACUCACCAGUUAAGUUUGGGAAAAAAUGAUAAGAUUAAGUUUUCUCAAAGGUAAAAUUCUUUCUUCUUUGAGGUAAUUAGCAUAAAUAUGAAUUACGUCAAGGUCGUAUGUAGCAGCAGCAACAUACACCUUGAAUGUGGACCUGUUGAUGCCUUUUCGAGAAACCAUUUUCUUUACUUCUAUUCUUUUCUGUUUUUGUUUUUUUGUUGUUUU